CUCAAAUUUGCAAAAUGAAGAAAGAGAAGGCACCAAUUCCGCGCACGUUGGAACGAUUAUAAAGCCAAAGUUCAUGCCUCACAAUCACAAUCACAAUAAUAAUCGAGACCACCUUCAUCUUCAUCCUCGAUUCACAAAACACUGUAAGAAAAAAUGAGCUCUGAGCUGAUUCACAGAGCACAAACAAGAGAACCCCAACCCCACCACAAUCGCACCUCAAAUUCGCCGCGUGUUUCUAAUUCAGCGCCAAAAUCAGCGAACCGGAUCGGCUACAUGUUUCGCGAGCGAGUGCCGUUCCUCCUCAUCGGCGUGGCCAUCGCCACUUUCUUCUUCCACCUUCUCCCCUCUCGAUCUGCGUCCAUAGUGGCUGCCACCCAACAUGACUCGUUCCUUGAAACCGAGUUGGCUCUGCCGACUCGGCGAGUUCUUUUGGAGGAGAAGAAGGGAAGGGUCCCUUUGGGGUUGAAAAGCAAGAAGCCGAAGAGGAUACUGGUUACCGGUGGAGCAGGUUUCGUUGGAAGCCACCUUGUGGACCGUUUGAUGGAAAGAGGUGACAGCGUGAUCGUUGUGGAUAACUUCUUCACGGGAAGGAAAGAGAACGUGCUCCACCACAUGGGUAACCCCAACUUCGAACUCAUUCGCCACGACGUCGUUGAACCCAUUCUCCUUGAGGUUGACCAGAUCUACCACUUGGCGUGCCCCGCUUCCCCUGUCCAUUACAAGUUCAAUCCUGUCAAGACUAUCAAGACCAAUGUGGUGGGGACGCUCAACAUGUUGGGAUUGGCAAAGAGAGUCGGUGCUCGUUUUUUGCUUACUAGCACUAGUGAGGUUUAUGGUGAUCCACUUCAACACCCUCAGGCUGAGACAUACUGGGGCAACGUUAAUCCCAUUGGUGUAAGAAGCUGUUAUGAUGAGGGAAAGCGCACUGCAGAGACAUUGACCAUGGACUAUCACAGAGGCGCUGGUAUUGAGGUGAGGAUUGCUAGAAUCUUCAACACAUAUGGACCUAGAAUGUGCAUUGACGAUGGGCGUGUGGUCAGUAACUUCGUUGCUCAGGCGUUGAGGAAGGAGCCUUUGACUGUGUACGGCGAUGGAAAACAGACAAGAAGCUUCCAAUAUGUUUCUGACUUGGUAGAAGGCCUAAUGCGGCUGAUGGAAGGUGAGCAUGUUGGUCCUUUCAAUCUUGGCAACCCUGGUGAAUUCACCAUGCUUGAACUUGCUCAGGUGGUACAAGAAACCAUAGACCCAAAUGCGAAGAUAGAGUUUAGACCUAACACAGAGGAUGACCCACAUAAAAGGAAGCCAGACAUCUCCAAAGCAAAAGAGCUUCUUGGGUGGCAGCCCUCUGUGUCCCUCCGUGAGGGACUUCCUCUAAUGGUCACUGAUUUCCGCCAAAGAUUAUUCGGUGAUUCAAAAGCCACUGGGACCAAAGGUGCAUCUGCAUCGUAGAUAAACAGUGAGGUAGAAACCAUAAUUAAAAGAAGAAACUUCGUGAAAAUAAACCUAUAUAUAACAAAAAUUAGCUCAUUUUGAAUUAUGUUAGAUAUCUAUGUAUUAGUCAUUUGAUGAGAUUUGUAUACGUCUGGCAGCGAAUUAAUAAACAGUAUCCCUACUAUGGGAAUAAGAUAUAUUUUUUGUUGUUGUAUUUAUAUCGUGUUUUACAAUCAUAUAUUGCGGAAUGAAUUUCCUUUU